UCCGGUUCCACGUACUUUCUUGUGCCGGCGUGGGGAACGCUCCGGAUUUCCCCCGAUUGCCACGAUGCCCCAGAAUGGGACAUGCUGAAGCUCUGGGCCGCUGUCCCCGAAGUAGCCGCGGGUGCCUUCGGCCGCUGGGGCGCGCGCUUUCUGUGCAGCGGCAUGUUCUACGCGGUGAGGAGGGGCCGCCAGACCGGCGUGUUCCUCACCUGGAGUGAAUGUCAAGCUCAAGUGGACCGAUUUCCUGCUGCAAGGUUUAAGAAGUUUGCCUCUGAGGAUGAGGCUUGGGCCUUUGUCCGAAAUGCAACAAGUCCUGAUCAUUCAACAGAGCAGAAAAAGAAAUGUGACACACAGGACCCCAAACUGAAUCCAAACAAGAGACCCCAUGAAUCAUCAGGUGAAGAGGAAGAGCCUUGCCCAAAGCUUGCAAAACAAGCUGUGGACUCAGUACCCUCACUUAGCAAAGAUAUAUUUUCUUAUAUGGGAGAUGCGGCUGUGGUUUACACAGAUGGCUGCUGCUCCAGUAAUGGGAGGAGGAAAGCUCGAGCUGGCAUAGGUGUUUACUGGGGGCCAGGCCAUCCCCUAAAUGUGGGUGAUAGACUUCCUGGGCGACAAACAAACCAAAGAGCAGAAAUACAUGCCGCCUGCAAAGCAAUUGAACAGGCAAAGAAUCAAAAUAUUAGUAAGCUGGUUCUCUAUACAGAUAGUAUGUUUACUAUAAAUGGUAUAACGAGUUGGAUUAAAGACUGGAAGAAAAAUGACUGGAAAACAAGCACAGGAAAAGAGGUAAUCAACAAAGAAGACUUUGUGAAGCUCGAUACACUUACUCAAGGCAUUGAUAUUAAAUGGAUACAUGUUCCUGGUCAUUCAGGCUUUGCAGGCAAUGAAGAAGCUGAUAGAUUAGCAAGAGAAGGAGCUAAAAAAUCUCAAGAAUUAACAUAGCAUAAUCUUUAUAAUUAAUUAAAGAGCAAACCAAGGGCUCUUUAGUUGCUAUUUGUGUAAAAAUUUGCCUACAAGACAUGAACUCUAAUACAGAUGGACUUGGGAACAUUCUUGUCGAAAGACUGUAAUUUUCUGUUGAAAUAAGUAUAGUUUAGUACACGUUACCUUGACUAGCAUAUCUGUUUAUCUUUGGGAAUUGUUUGAGAUUUCAGCAUAGAUAGAGCUGAACAUUGUUCCUUUUUUUGCAUUAAAGUUUGAUUAUGAAACUGA